AUAGUCUAUGCAAAACGACGUGAUCCAAUAAUUAUUUCACUUGAUGGCAUGUCGCAUUGCGUACGUCGAGACUCGAGACACAAGCAUCAUUAAUAUUGCGGUUGGGAUCGGGGACUUGGCGGCGAAGUAAAAGAGUGAGAAAAGAAACUCGAAGGUUGCACGAAGGUGCACGAAGUCCUCCUGCCUAUUAUGGAUGCGUGAUGAUAAGGGGAUGCGGCUGUCUGGCACAGAGCGCUGUCAGGCUUUCCACACAAGGGUGACCUUGAGGCCUCAACGCCUCUGGCUUAUGCACUACCCUUCCCUUCGAACACGGUCUCGUCUUCCAGUAUGAACAACUCACUUACUACUCUCGAUGUCACUCCAAUCACUUCAACCCUCAUCCCAGACUUAACCAGUCUUAUCACCCGACAAAACCCAUACUCGAUUUCCGGCGGGACUUAUGGAGAUGUUUACAAGUGUACAUACUGUGGACCAGAUGGCAUUGAAGAGGUCGCCGUCAAAGCGUUUCGAUCAGUAUACUUUAAUGCUAGGAGGUUUCGGAGAGAGCUUGGAAUUUGGAAGAGGUUGCGGCAUUCUAAUAUUUUGAAGUUCAUGGGUACAGCUACGGGUUUUAGUCCAUCAGAAGCUUUAGUCGCUCCGUGGAUGACCAACGGCACUCUGACGUCGUUUCUCCUCCGGAACAAGACCCUUGGGCUGCAUGAUCGUCUGCUUUUGCUUCGUGACAUUGCUGCUGGCCUCAACUAUCUUCAUACAUUUAGUUUGACAGAAGACAGACAUAUGGGCUUGAACCCCAUCGUUCAUGGAGAUCUCACUGGUACCAACGUCCUUAUCGAUGGUAACAGAAAGGCGUAUCUUGCAGAUUUUGGUCUUUCCGGAACUUUAAAUAAGUUGGCUGACAUGACGUACCUCGUGCAGACGAGUUGUCAUCCAGGAGCAGUGAGAUGGACAGCUCCUGAACUUAUCUCUGAAGAAGAAUUAGCUUCUGCAGCCACUACUCGAAGUGAUAUGUACUCCUUUGGUUGUAUCAUGCUCCAAGUUUUAACGGGAGAUAUUCCUUGGCGUCACUUGACCAAAGACAUCGCAGUCUUACUAAAAGUGGCUGAAGGGAAAAUGCAUCCUCGUCCGGAUGACUGUUUUGUUACUGACAAACAAUGGGAUUUCAUGACCUGUUGCUGGUCUACUACACCCAAUAAUCGUCCUCCUGCUGAGGAAGCAGUUUAUUUUGUGGAUAGCGCUUUGUGCACGAGGACCAGCCGCGAGAUCCCGACUUUGAUCUCUAUCAACGCUAUUCCAUCACCUUCAGCGGACCAUACUCGCAUAUGGCACCAUGGCGCCCGCAGUUCUGCCGACUACGUAACUCAGCCUUGUUACAGCAUGUACUCUGGGCCCUCACCGAAAUUAAUUGCUCGCCUCGAAUUAUACGCACUCUUCCAUGACAGUUUCAAGAAGGGGCAUGUCCCAUCAAAUUGUCCAACCAGACUUGAAGCGCAACUGUUCCAGGCUAGCCAAGCAUAGGACACAGUGAACUGCACCUGACACGGGUAUUCGAUACGCUGCAAAAAGGGAAACCUCACUCGUCACGUCAUGGAAUCUUACAUGAGGAUUAGGGCUGGUUGUACAGGCUGCGGAAAGGAAUUCGCGCGCUCGUAUAUGAUGAGAGAGCAUCUUCUUCAAUCCAGAUGUGGAAGAACCUAGAUUGUUGUCUUGUACCACAAAGUCGCUAGAUCUUUUUUGAAGUAGUUCCUUAUGAACAUGAUGCGGUCUAGGAGAUGCUCGUGUUCGCUUGCUACAAGGCCACCUCAAAAGUUCAGCCUUGACUUUAUGCGCUACUUCGAGCGGGAUUGAGCCAUAGAUGGGCGGGGAAAGCGAUAGAGAUAGAGAUAGAGAUAGAGGUCUCGAAAGGGACAGGAAAGUCGAU